AUGGCGACCGCCGAUACUCAGGCGAGAUUGCAAUCUCUUUCGGAAGACUACCAGAGGAUCCAGCAAGAGAUCCAAGGUACUGUCGCUUCGCGGCAAAGGUUGGAAGGCCAGAAGCAAGAGAACACUGGUGUGCAAAAGGAAUUCGACAGUUUGGGGGACGAUGAGACCAUAUUCAAGCUUGUUGGCCCAGUUCUCUUGAAGCAGGACAAGUUUGAGGCAGAGAACACGGUCAAGGGUCGUCUGGAUUUCAUCAACGGGGAAAUAUCCAGUCGGCAGCUCAAGCCGCUGCUCAACAAGGUCAAGGUCAGGGUCAAGCUGCACCUCAUACUUGACCCCCCGGUAUCGAUCACCAGCAUGGACGGUCGAGUUGCUAUGCGGCCCUCGAGGCCGCAGUCGGUCAGCGAGCUAGUCGCCCAAGCGGAGAGCUUCUCUUUCAACAACAACAUCCCUCUGAGGCACUGGACAAGAGCCGCUGAGACGCUAUACCAAGAGGCAAGCCAUCCAGACUGCCUGUGUGGAACCAAGACUAACAAGCGUCGCAGGCCAGUUUUGCACUUUCGGAAGGCGACUACGCUCGAGCAUCCCGAGCAACGAAAAGCCUGCCGUGCAUUAUCGAGACGAAUCGGUCAGGUCAUGGACGACCUCGAGCAGCUGAAACCAGAACUGGAGAAGGCGCGCCGAGAGUGGGAGCGAAUGAGACCAGCACAGGAGCCGAGCCGCAAGUCGCCAGAGGUGACCUCCAGAUAUGCUGAUUUUGCAGCACGCGACCCUACAUUGACCGGCAACGCCAAGAUAUUGGACGCUGGAGAGCACCAGGAGCUUGCUGUCGACCUGGCGCAGAGGGAACUGCUUCGCCGAGACACAGCUAGAAGAGCGUCGAGACGGGCAGGCAUCCCUGAGGAGGAGAGCUUGGUGCGGAGGAAAGCUGGGCGCUGGGAGGAGUGGCGACAGCCAACGUCUUCCACGACGGACAACGACCUCCAGUGGCAGAUGGCCGCUGCGAGGCGCCAGCUCGACACGCCAAGCUCAGAGGGCCAGCACGACGCCAUGCUUCAUGGAGACACAAACACGGCCUUUGUGUCCCAGAACUACAACUAUCCAUCCAUAUCAAAGUCACGCCCAGUGAACUACGAGAGGGCCCCAUCGCAACAGUCGUUGCCAUCGCCACUCCAGCCGUCGCUUCCUCCCAAGGAACCCGCGGUGAAUGAUUUCGACAGCAUGGGCUCGCUGUCGAAACCUCCUCCGCCGCCGAGAAAAGUUGCACUCGAAGAGUACAAGGCAUUGGUCCCAUCACUGCCGCCUCAACCGUCAGGUGGCCUGGGGCCUACACUCCCGCCAAAGACCACCAUCGAGCCACCCCGCCCUGCGAAGAAGGAGCGUCUGGCCUUCAAACCGGGUGCAUAUCUGGAGAAUGGCGAUCCUAUUCGAUCCAUCUUCUUGCCUGGCGGCUUACGCGCGAAGUUUCUCAGCCUCGCGGCGGAGAACACCAGAGCUGGGCUGGAGAUGUGUGGUAUUCUCUGCGGCACCCCGGUGAACAAUGCCCUGUUCGUUCGCUGCCUCGUCAUUCCCGAUCAAAAGUCCACAUCAGACACGUGCGAGACACAAAACGAAGGAGCCUUGUUUGACUUUUGCGAUAAAGAGGACCUUCUCAUGGUCGGAUGGAUACAUACACACCCGACUCAGACCUGCUUCAUGAGCUCACGAGACCUUCACACCCAUGCAGGGUACCAGAUCAUGAUGCCAGAGAGUAUUGCCAUUGUCUGCGCCCCAAAGUUUGAGCCAUCAUAUGGCAUUUUUCGGCUUACGAACCCUCCUGGCUUGGAGCAUAUUCUCAAUUGCACGCACAGCGACACGUUCCAUCAACAUUCUAUCGACAACCUAUACCGAGGCGCUAUGCAACCCGAAGGCCACGUCUAUGAGAGCAACAAGUUGACUUUUGAUGUUCAAGAUCUACGCGGGAUGUAG